CAAAGCAAGCUUUUCAAAAUAAAACCUACGAACUCAGGGGUUUUCCGGAAAGCAAGGUUAACUUACCCUGACUUUAACCCGGAACUCUCGGUUAAGUAACCCUAAGCUAGCUUACUCUGGGUAUGUCGGUUCCGGUGUAAGACAGCGGUUAUCAGUUCGGACAAUUAACGUCCUCGCGGUCAACCCCUGAGUUAACGCGCGUGCACGGCGGCCACAAAAAGGCGUUUUCAACGAAUUGCCGAUUUCCGGAGCAACAAUGGAAACACGUGGAGACAAAAAGAGAGCUUCAUACUUCAGUGAGACGGAGUUGGAAGUGUUAAUGACGGCGUAUGAGGAGUAUAAGCCCGUCUUAACCAAAAAAAGUAACACGGCUGCAUCAGCAAAAGAGAGAAUUUCUGCUUGGCAACAAAUAACGGACAGAGUCAACGCGUGUAAUACUCCUGGAACCAGAAGAACUCUGAGCCAAGUCAAGAUGAAACAUAAAAACAUUCUCCAACAAGCCAAUAGAAAAAAAGCUGAGGCCCUUAGAGCAGGUGGGGGUCCUCUGUCCCUCCCCCCGGCAGAGGAGCUGGAUCUACCCCUGAAAGGAGAACCUGCCAUUGAUGGGACUCCAGGGGGCAGUUCAUCAGACUCUGCUACAAACACAAUGGCCUUAGUCAAAUGUAUAGAUGCUGAUGGUCAGUUCGUAUUAAUGGAGCCUCCUGCAUCACUACACUCUGUCAAAGUUGAUGAAGAUGAAGAAGAGGCCGCUUUUGCUGUACGAGAACUUGACUCUUCGAGACCCAUGGAGGUACAUGAUGCCCCCAUUGCAAUUUUACAGAAUAUUGCUGGGGCGGGAAGUGCAGAUGAGGGUCGGUGUCCCUCCACCAUGAAUCUCGGCAGUCUGCCUACCACAGAGCUGCAUAAAGUCCAUCUUCUAAGGCAAAUAAAAAAAUGUGACCUUGAGAUGGACCUAAUACAACUCAAUGCCAAAAAGACCAGCCUAGAGAUAGAAUUGCUGGAGCGUCAGCUUAAGGUGAGAAACACUUGGUGAAUAUUUCAUCUGAUGAAUGGAGGAUAAAGCAAUAAAUUUGUA